CUGGAAUGUAUCGACUAUUCUUGAACAAAACAUUGCUAAGACAUUGUGUUUUAGUGUAUGAAAUAAGGAAUAUGUUUAGUGUCUUUGACGAAAGCUGGUAUUUCAACUUUCCGUUGCUCGGAAAUGUUUCAUCGGUCCUGUAGACUUCUUCUGAGGUUGCGCACUGUCUACAAACCGAGUGCUUGCUUUUCGAGUGGAGAAAGACAAAUUUUGCCAGUUGCUACACAGAGGUCUGUCAUUUACAGGUCGAUCAUCCUAACGAAUCAUGAUUUGCCUUUGUUGUCUUUCAAACGUUUUAUGUCUUAUCCUCCUCAUCUCGUAAUUAAGCUUCCCAACUUAUCUCCUACUAUGGAGACAGGUACGGUUGUAAGCUGGGCAAAGAACGAAGGCGAUGAAGUUUCGGAAGGUGACCUACUUGCUGAAAUCGAAACAGACAAAGCAACUAUGUCAUUUGACGCUAAUGAGUCCGGAUAUCUUGCGAAAAUCUUGGCCCCUGCUGGAAGCAAAGAUAUACCUGUCGGAACAGCUCUAUGUAUCAUAGUUCAAGACGAGAGUGCCGUUUCGGCUUUCAAGGAUUAUGUAACUGGACCAACAGAACAAGUUUCUACUCCGAAAACUGAAGUACCCAAACCUCAGGUCCCUCCUGCUGCUGCUCCUCAGCCCUCACCAGCUACACCUAAACCUAUUACUCCUACUCCCAAAGCACCAGCAACCGGCGAAAGGGCUGUUGUUUCACCGUUCGCUCGUCGUUUGGCUGCUGAAAAGGGACUUGAUUUGUCAAAUGUAGUUGGCACUGGCAUGUACGGCAUGAUUCGUUCGACUGACUUAAAUCUUGAAUCUAUUGAUCAAAAAGCUAGCACAAUGACUGGUGGUCCAAUGUUAAAUUAUGGAAAAUUCGAGGAUAUUAAUGUUAGCAACAUGCGAUCAGUAAUUGCUAAACGAUUAACUGAAUCAAAACGAACUAUUCCACAUUAUUAUUUAACAAUGGAUAUUCAAGUAGAUGAAAUUUUAGAAAUACGCUCUAAAAUUAAUUCAAGUUUAUCUAAUUUAAACGACUCAAAAUCUGAUGAACCUGUGCCAAAAAUAAGUUUAAAUGAUAUUCUUAUAAAAGCAGCAUCAUUGACAUGUUUAAAAGUACCUGAAUGUAAUUCAUCUUGGCAUGGUGAUUUUAUUCGACAAUAUCAUACUGUCGAUGUAAGUGUAGCUGUGGCUAUUCCUUCUGGAUUAAUCACACCAAUAAUAUUUUCUGCAGAUACAAAGGGUUUAAUACAAAUCAAUAAAGAAAUGCGAAUGUUAGUUACUAAAGCUAAACAGAAUAAAUUAAAACCUCAAGAAUAUCAGGGUGGAACAUUUUCAAUUUCUAAUUUGGGGAUGUUUGGAAUUACUAAUUUCUGUGCUAUAAUUAAUCCACCUCAAGCGUGUAUUCUUACUGUAGGUAGUACAAGACCAAAAAUUCUACCAGAUAAUAAAAAUCCUAAAGGAUUUAAAGAAGCGAAUAUUUUAUCAGUUACAUUAUGCUGUGAUCAUCGUGUUGUUGAUGGAGCAGUUGGAGCUUAUUGGCUUAGUGAAUUUAAAAAGAUUUUAGAGAAUCCAGCACUUUUUCUUAUUUAAUUAAACUUUUUUUGUUUGUUAAUAUACUCAUAACGGAUGUAUUGUUCGUCUUCUUUACACUGUUUUCUCUAUAUUCACUCAAUAGAAUAUUUAGUAGCAUAACAACAAGUACAUGAAUAGAUUUACACCCACCUUACAUCCCCACCCCACUUAUCCACACACACACACACACUUGAAGAUCAUUGUAUUAUCUGGAUUAGGUGUAAUAUGUAAGUUUUUUGAAAACAAGUUUAUUACAACAUUAGUUAUCAUAUCUCUUGUUGCUAGGAUUGUCCACUUAAUGUAUCUUUCUUUACUAUUCUGUUUUUGUUGUUCACUUUGAAAUGUAACCUUAGACUAUAGUUAUUUAUACAGGGAAUUUUUGUUUUUAGAAAAUUGAAUUGUAUAUCAUGCAUGGUUAUACUAUGUGUUAUUAAAUUUUCUAUUAUAUGCGUGUGUGUGUGUAUAUAUAUACGAAGGUGGUGUAUUUCUUUCCUUUUUUUGUAGCUAUGUAAAUAAAGGUACACAUGUUUGUAUUGGUUCAAAUUGUUAUGAUUUUAUAUAUGUAUCAGAGUAACGAAAUAGUCAAGGUAGUAGAUAAGAUAGUGGAAAAAAUGAAGUAUAAUCAAUAUGAUUUGAGAGGAAAAAAUGAACUUGUAGAGUAAAGAUUAUGAAAUACUUUUGGAACUUAAAAUUUUGAGUAGGAGAGUAAGAGUUAAUGGUUCUGAGUUAUUGUGAUCGAUUUUGAGUCAUGACGAUUAAAGUUUCCAACGGUUAAUUACAAUAAUCAUUCUAUCCCCAAUUAAAGUGGUCGAAGGUUCCAAAUGUCCUGGUAUGACUGAAGGUAGGAAAAGUUCACUCUCUGUCGAAGCGCUCAAAUAUGGCCACGUGUAUAUAACAAUUACCAAGGAUGUUCUAUUCAUUACCUUCUCUCAUCAAGAGUUUUGUUUGCAAAAUUGACAGGACGAAAAGCGAAUGUCGGGUACUUUAACCGUGUUGGUGGUUACGGAAGGUCUACCUAUUCAAGGGUGUUGUUUCAAGCGAAUACUUCACUCCCUUGUGGAUGGGAACCUCUUCGUCAAAGUCUCGGGGAGUGGCUUCCUCAAGAAUGCACCUGUUUUGGUUGGGGCACUUAGAUAGAGUAUCCCAGCCCUCACGCGGAUUUCGUAUAGCGCGUUUGUAUUUUGGUGCCGCUUUGUACCAGUGUUUGUGUGUAUAAAUAAAUAAAUGGUUAUUUUGAACCUACCAACAUGGCUCAGUACAACAACUAAUGAAUUCAUGGACUGAUCCUAUAUUUUGGUUUGGCCUCUCCUAGUUUUAUUCCAAUCUACUACAAUAAACAACAUCGCUCGUCGAAGUAGGACAUUAUUGGGCAUACGUAACAUGUCCCAAACACCAAUCGUUAAUCAAAAUCCCCUAUCUUAUCAACUGACUUACGUGUUACUAUGUGUUUAACAUCAACGUUCCGCACUCGAUCAUCGCAGUACACAAAACAACGCUUUGAUAGUAUCUACAGUCAAAUACUAAUAAAAUACAAAAGUGCUUUGUUUCUAAAGUCCACGUUUCAGAGUCAUAAAGUAGAACAGAACAAAUUGUUACUGUUAUAUCCGAGCGAAGAUUAAAUCACGAGUAACUUCUGAGACAUACGAAUUGACUAAUAUUAUUUACAUAUUCUUAUGGUAUAAUUAUUCAAUAAUUAGAUUAUGUAUAUUUAUAUUCCUCUUAUUAUAAGCUUUAUUUUGACCUAUAAUUUAUUAUUGUACGAUUUACGGUUCUUAAGUUAUGUUCAGUUUAUUGACUACUGUCUCCCAUGUUCACAGCCACUUUUUGGCUCAAUUGUGUAUAAGUGUUAUUUCCUAUUUUAUGGUGCGUUGCGGUCUGUUUGCUUGAUAUAUAAACCCAAUAUGUCUGAAAUAAACGAUUCGAUUCGCAAGUGAAAGCUGGUAUUGGUGUUCUGGACUCGAAUGGACGGGCUAGGCGGACAUAGGACCAAAUAAGUACGCUAGACUGCCCAUACCGGUCGAACGUCAUUGGUUUGGCACGGUGCUAAGAUUGUUUAGGUCGUAUUUUGAUUGGUGGAUAAACCACGUUAUAACACGCUGACACUUCAAAUAUUCUCAAAUUGUAAAUAAAACAUCUUAUAUGCAUAUACUAUAACUUUUGAACUAAGUACAAUCAGUGAUUAAUU